AUCGCCGCCUAUUGGCGGGGCGGGGCGCCUGCGCGGAUACAGGCAGGGAGACGGUUACUGCGACACGGCUGAGAGUGGCGUGUGGUCCUCGCGCGGUGCUGUCGUUCAGUCCCUCGAGCAACUCCAUCUUCCCAUUCCCCCCUCCUCCACCACCACUCCCUGCGGAAUAUGAGGUUGUUGAGGAGAGGACGCUGCACGGCGAAAGUAAGCGGCGCUUGUGGGAAUGAGGAGGAGGAGGAGCGGGCUCGGCUGCCGCCGGUCAGGAAUCCUUUUGUACAUGACAUCCGCUUGUCGGUGCUGCAGAAAGUGCAGUUAGCAAUUAUGACCGUGACUCUGUUCCCAAUUCGUUUGCUCUUGGCUGCUUUCAUGAUGUUGCUGGCUUGGCCAUUUGCCUUCCUCGCUGCAUGGGGCCGUAUUGAAAAAGAAUCUGAAAGACCUAUGAACAUGUGGAGAAAGACAUUGGAUUUUAUGCUGAAAGUGAUAAUGAGAGCUAUGUGGUUUGCGGGUGGCUUUCAUUGGAUGACUAUAAAAGGGCGUCGUGCUUUGCCAAAAGAAGCACCUAUAAUAACAUUAGCACCACAUUCUUCAUAUUUUGAUGCAAUUCCUGUUACCAUGACCAUGGCUUCCAUUGUAAUGAAGGCAGAAAGCAAAGACAUUCCUAUAUGGGGAACAUUGAUCAAAUAUAUUCGGCCAGUCUUGGUGUCUCGCUCAGACCAGUAUUCUCGCCGGAAAACAGUCGAAGAAAUUAAGCAAAGAGCCUUGUCUAAUGGCAGAUGGCCUCAGGUAAUGAUAUUCCCAGAGGGUACAUGUACGAAUAGGUCAUGUCUGAUAACCUUCAAACCUGGUGCAUUCAUUCCUGGAGUCCCCGUACAACCUGUGGUCUUGCGUUAUCCUAAUAAAAUGGAUACCAUCACAUGGACAUGGCAAGGACCUGGAGCGUUAAAAAUCCUUUGGCUUACUUUGUGCCAGCUACACAAUAAUGUGGAAAUAGAGUUUUUGCCAAUAUAUACACCUUCUGAGGAGGAAAAGAGAAACCCCAUUUUGUAUGCAAACAAUGUUAGAAAGGUAAUGGCAAACGCUCUGGGUGUUCCUGUGACUGACUACACAUUUGAAGAUUGUCAGCUUGUAAUGUCUGACAGCCAGCUGAAACUACCUGUGGAUACCUGUCUACUAGAAUUUGCAAAACUUGCCAGAAAGCUCAAUUUGAAGCCUGAUAAAAUUGAAAAGGAACUAGAUGAACUUGCAGAAAGUGCCAAAAAAAUGAAAGGAGGACUGACAACUCUGGAGACUUUUGCUCAUUAUUUGAAAUUGCCUAUUUGUGAUGCACUAAGAGAUAUGUUUUUACUUUUCACUGAGAAUGAAAAUGGAACAAUUGAUAUCAGAGAGUAUGUGAUUGCCUUAUCAGUAGUAUCAAGACCAUCUAAAACGCAUGAAACAAUUAAGUUGGCAUUUAGGAUGUAUGAGUCAAUUGAUCAAACUAUAACAGAAGACGACCUGGCCUGCAUUCUGAAGACUGCUUUGGGAGUAAAUAAGCUUGAUGUAUCAAAACUUUUCACAGUUAUUGAUGCUACUCAGCAGAGGAAAAUAAGUUAUAUGGACUUCUGCAAGUUUUCGCAUGCGAAUCCUGACUAUGCUGAGGAGUACCUUUACCCACACCAGAUGAUGGCUGUCACAGAUUGCAUGGAAAAGCAGCUUGCUGCAACUGCUAAUGGGUUUUGCACAGACUUCUCACCUGAUCUCCACGAGGAAGAUAAAGAAGAUGGUACUUUGGACAAAAAGAUUAACUAAUUCCUUGGAUAAAAUCCUUCUCCUGGUGAGGGGGGGUGGACCAAUUUAGGGCGCUCACAUUAUUUCUGUACUUUACUGUAUGAACUCAACUGCCAUUUGUGUUUAUCAUUUUUCCAGUGUGCUAUGACUUGAACUUGGUUUUAAGAGAAAAUGUAACUGUCAUUGGAAGCAAAGAUUGGGAAGAUGCUCACGAUUUGUACCUAAACUUUGAAGGGAACCAAGCACCUAUUCAGGUCUUAACUGCCUGCCCUUUUGUCAAGUUUGGUUUGAAGCAUGUAAAAUUAUAUGGAUGGAAGCAAAGUACGCAUUAAUGUCAGAAAAAAUGGUGUUUCAAUUGUCUCAUUUUUGUUGAUAAAAUGAUAAAAGCACAGGAGUACAGGAAUUCUGCAUUUUGCCCAUAUGAAAUGAUGUUACAGAUCUACUCCCAUUACUGUGUGAAGUUAAUUUCAUAGGUAAACUAACACUUCUACGUUAUGAUUAGUUUUAUUUUUUCUUUCCUUCCCCCCCCCCCCCCCAAUAAUCAUCAAUAAUUUUUCUUAAAUGGAUCUAUAUGUUUUUGAAAAUUAAUAUUACAGUGCUUUGGGAUAUUUUAGUUGUAAUGUGGCAUUGUGCUGAUUUCAAAUCUGUUGUCUGCUCUUUAUCUCAAAGCUUUGUAAAUGUUGUUUAUUCUGCCCUUUUGGCUGAAUGAUGGUGUAUGAUGAUGAAUACCCUGAAGCCAAUGAAUGGUGCAUCUACAGCUCAAGUUGCUCAGUCCAUCAGUCUAAAGGAAUCAAUAUGGAACUAAAGUUGAUGCAGUGUAACGAUACAUAACUGAGAAUUAUGUUGAAGCUCACUAUUUAAAAUGGUUGUGUAUCUUAAUUUUUGGUUAAUAUCAGGAAUGAUUCAAAGCAAAUUGACAGAGCAUUGUUCUUAAUAACUAUAUAAGCACCUUUUUGUUAAACCGAUGCUGGAAUGACAUGAAGCAUUUAUUGCUGAACAUCCAGCAGUAUUAAUGUCACUAUUGAUAUUAUCUAGGAAAUUUUCAAACUGAUGUGGAGAAAAAAUUGGAAUUAGGAAUACUGUGAAAUUUAUAAUCCUACUGAACAGGACACAAUGGUACUGCCAGUUGUGUAAUCAAAUAGUCUUCAAAAUUGAAUGCAACUAUUGCAUAAUUGUGAUUAAUAACUUAAAGUAAUAUAUGCAUGUAAAUCCUUCCAUGUGAAUAGUGAAUCAGAUCAAAACUUAAUAAAUCUUGGUACUGUCCACAUUGUGUUGAAGAUGUUGAAUUUAAGAUUCCUUUUACAGUCAUGUUUGUGGCUUAUGGGGGAGAAAUAAUACGCUCCAGCACAAUGUGAUGAGCCUCAGUGAGGAUUACAGUGCAACAGGGAAGAGUUUGGACUUAUCCAAAUAUUAUGAAUAAUUCCAGGUGAAUCUUUUUUAGUGAUAUUCUUUGAAAUGUAUUGUACUUUGUAUUUUUUGACUUGAUUUUGUUUGUUUCAAAUUCCCCUCUGUGUUUCACUGAGGUGACUGGGUCACAUGAUUUUGAAACCUGGGAUCAGUGCAGUUUCACUGUGGUAAGAAUGAAUGUUUUCAAUCAAGUUCUAAACAAAUUAAAUAAAUCUAUGGAAGUUGGAUAUUGUUUAUUAAAACUAGUUGCUGUCCAAAUAACACAAACUUUGCAUGCUGUGCUUGAGAUUAUUGGGAUUAUAGCUUUUGGAACAUAACUUGUUUUUGAACUAAUUUUUAAAGUGACUGCAUAACUGUGUAAAUCCAUGGAAACGUCAUCUGAUUUGUAAUUGUCUUAAUGUUUGUAAAUGUGCAAAUAAUAUUAACAUCAGUGUGCAAUUCCAUUUUAAGACAUAGGUCUUAUUAGGUUUUGUAAUCUUUUUUAAUAUGUAUAUUUCUAUCAAAAAUACCUCAGGCAAGCUAUCUUGUGUGUUCUUGGCUGUCUUUGAAAGGAUCUAUAAAAGUGUGCAGGAGGCUACUUUUUGACUACCUGUGUACUACUGUAUUUUACAUUUAUUUUGAACAAAAUUGGACAUUUUACUUGAGUUAAAGUUUCACGAUGAAUUACGUCUGGAAAUUUGUUGCCGUAAUUGAUCAUGUUUUUCAAGUUUUCAUUGUGCAUAAAGGGAUCCCUGCUCAAACUUACAUUUGGACUUUUGUAUCUCCGUAAAGUUAUGAGUUGUCUGUAUAAAUAAAUGUCAAAAACAAA